GUUGCGAAUUCAGUUUCGGAGGGUUCGGUGGUGGAGAGCAGCUGCAUUUCGCAUCGAACAUUCAUCGUGAUCCCAAGCGCACGAAGUUGUUGUUUUGUUUUGGUUUUCCUCGCCAAAUUUCGCGCGAUUUUUUCGUGAGCGUGUUUGUGCGCGUGCAUUUGUUUCGCACACUGGCGACGGGGCAACCCCAGGAUCUGUCGCCUGUCUUCGCCUCAGACUUCUCCUCCGGAUCCUGCGGAGCGUACGUAUUUGUGGCUUCAACGCCGUGUGUCGUGUGUGUGCCAGUGGUGCGUCUGUGUGUGUGGCAUACCGGCAUACCGUCUUUGUUGUUGGCCACCAUUGUAAUUGCAGUCAGUGUGGCGCUGGCAACGCGGCGUAUACUUGACAGCUUCGCCGCCAAAUUGUGCGAUUCCUUCAACUCGUUCAGCUCGCUGGCUCCUUGGAUGCGGCUCCUUGUGACAUUGGCGUGAAGACGUGAAGAGCCCUCAAAAUCCGCUAUUCCACUGUGUUCGCAAUCCAUUUGCCUGCUGCCCUGGACGGGCAAACAAAUUUUUGCAAUUCAAUUUCUAUUGUGCAUUGCCGAUGCGAAAUGUGCGCAUCGUUUGCUGUCAAUGCCAAGUAUUCCGCAUAAAAAUUGAAAAUUGCAUGCAAAUUAAAUAAAUAGAGUUCCGGUGAGGAGCUGAGCUGGUUGUACCAGCUGAGAUAGACACUCAAGAACCCAUUCUAUCCUGCAUACCCAUCGCACAGACAUACAUACUCGUACAUAUAUCCUUGCGAAAAUGACAGUUGUGAGUUGUGGCUCAGAUUUGGAUUCGCAUGCGGGGCGCAAUCAAAGCAAACGUCAUUAGCACUCGCGACAUCGCCUUCGAUUGACAGCGGGCGUAGGAGCGGGAGAAGGAGCACUAGCAGGAGCAGGAGGAGGAGCAGAUCCUGCCGCAGGAUUCAGCAGCCAGGAGCAGGCACGAACAACUUUACAUUUGCAUAACUUCGGUGCAGCUCCAGCGUUCAGAUUCCGAUUCACAGAUGUCAAUGGGCGUGGCAGUGGGGCGGCGAGUCGAACCAGCUGAAAAUCAAAGCCCAAUUGGCACAAACACGCGGUAAAUAGAAUUCGCAAUCGGAAUCGGAAUUGGAAUAGGAAUUCGCAUUCAAAUUCGAAUGCAAAUAGAAAUAGAAAUUGCCGCGAGACCCCCACAGAAAAAAAAACACUCACACGCAUACACACACAAAAAAUAACAGCAACUAAAAUACCCAUAAAAUAAUAGGAAAACAAAGAGUGCCAGCAGAAGCAGCUGCUGCUGCAAAUAAAAGAACCGCAACAGCAACUGCAACAGCAGCAACAACGGCCAUAACAACUCCACCAACAACGACAUCAACAACAAUAUGGAGAAGCUGCUGCAAUCGACGCUGUUUGUCAUCCUGAUAAUGGCCACAAAAUGCGGCAGUGGCUCUACCCAGAACCAGCAUCACGAGAGCAAUUCCCAGCUGGAUCCCGAUCCGGAGUUCAUAGGGUUCAUCAACAACGUCACAUAUCCGGCAGGACGCGAGGCCAUCCUGGCCUGCUCGGUGCGCAACCUGGGCAAGAACAAGGUGGGUUGGCUGAGGGCCUCCGAUCAGACCGUUUUGGCUCUACAAGGUCGCGUGGUCACCCAUAAUGCGCGAAUCAGCGUCAUGCAUCAGGAUAUGCACACAUGGAAACUGAAAAUCAGCAAGCUGCGGGAAAGUGAUCGCGGCUGCUAUAUGUGCCAAAUAAACACGAGUCCCAUGAAGAAACAAGUGGGCUGCAUCGAUGUGCAGGUCCCACCGGACAUCAUCAACGAAGAGUCCUCCGCCGAUCUGGCCGUUCAGGAGGGCGAGGAUGCCACGCUCACCUGCAAGGCCACGGGGAAUCCCCAGCCCAGAGUCAUCUGGCGCAGGGAAGACGGCGAAAUGAUUCUCAUUCGCAAGCCAGGCAGUAGGGAGCUCAUGAAAGUGGAAUCCUAUAAUGGAUCCUCGCUCAGGCUGCUCCGCCUGGAGAGGCGUCAGAUGGGCGCCUACUUGUGUAUAGCAUCCAACGACGUUCCACCUGCUGUCAGCAAACGAGUCUCGCUGAGUGUGCAAUUUGCUCCCAUGGUGAGGGCCCCCAGCCAGCUGCUGGGCACACCCCUGGGAUCCGAUGUGCAGCUGGAAUGCCAGGUGGAGGCCUCGCCGUCGCCCGUCUCCUACUGGCUGAAGGGGGCGCGGACGUCCAACGGAUUCGCCAGCGUUUCCACGGCCAGCCUGGAGUCCGGCUCGCCGGGACCCGAAAUGCUGCUCGACGGGCCCAAGUACGGGAUAACUGAGCGGCGCGAUGGCUAUCGGGGCGUCAUGCUGCUGGUGGUGCGUUCCUUCUCGCCCUCCGAUGUGGGCACCUAUCACUGCGUCAGCACAAACUCGCUGGGCCGUGCCGAGGGCACAUUGCGGUUAUACGAAAUCAAGCUUCAUCCGGGCGCCUCCGCCAGCAACGAUGAUCAUCUGAAUUACAUCGGAGGUCUCGAGGAGGCUGCUCGGAAUGCGGCCAGGAGCAACCAGACGACGUGGCAGCCCCUGCUCGCCAUGCUGAUGCUGCUGUGGAUGCGGCGGAAUCUGGGAGCCGGGGGAGCGUGAUAUCAAAAUUGAGAGAAGAAGAGCCGGCAAUCAAGUAUUCCUACAGAUUCCCUCGGACACCGACAUCGACAUCUCUUUCUCUCUUGCCUGCGUUCUUGUUGUUCGUUUCCGUUUCCGGUUCUGUGGCCCCAUCUCCAAUGUAUUGGACCCCUGCCGCCCACGCACGCAUACAUAUUGCCGGAGGCGCCUCCCGCUGCCUCAGAUAUCAUUUGCAUACGUAUCAGGAAACGCGUUGUUCCCACCCGCUCGAAAACCCAUAAGUCCCUUGCUAGCUCCCACCCCCUGAUCCCUAAUGAAAGUAAGGAGGAUAUCAAAAGUGGACAAUUGGAUGCCAAGCCCUACCAUUUCUCCCCAGCCCCAAAUAAUGUUACAUUGCAUAUAAAUUAAAUAUGAAUACUAUAAAAUAGUGCAUAAAAUUUAUUAUCAUAAUAUAAAUAACGACAAAAUUAUUGAAUAAAUUAUCGCAAAAGUGGAUAAAAACCG